AUGGCUAUUCCCUCCUCGAACCCGUCGGUGGCGGAAAAACAGAUACCUCUAUCACAACAAAUUAACACCGCGACUCGUUCUCUCCAUACCAAACUUAACAAGGGAAUUCUCGCUCGUUUGCCACUCGCUAUUCCACCUUUUGCCGAUACUUCCUCGAAAUACGUCUCCGGCCUCUAUCAUAUUACCCCAAUAUACACUACCUUCGAGACCUUAUGGCAGGAAAUUGUAGAGACGCCAUGUCAAAGUGAUAACCCGAGAGAAGAGUUCUAUGAUAACUACCUAUCAUCAGGCGAACUGGUGCCUAUAAUCGAGAAUGGAGCCUCACAAGUCGAGAGGAUUAACCCGCGAACACACUCAUUACUAUCAUUCAUGCUGCUGCCUGAGCUCCUCCGAUCGAACGUCCUACGAGAUGACAUACGAGCCUUGACCGGCACGUCUGAGCACGAAAUCGAAGAACGGUUAGAGAAAGUGUCUAAAUAUGGUCAUCUGGCAGAAUUCAUCGAGCACAUGGAAGAGUCUAUAGGCAACAAACCACAUGUCAUACUCGCAUACGCAUGGGUACUUUACAUGGCACUUUUCUCCGGUGGUAGAAUUCUACGUGGGAUCCUCCAGGCAGCAAGUGGAAUCGGACGUAUAUUCUGGGAACGAGAACCUUCACCUAUCCGACCUCUCGAUCCCCACGAUGGACCCAGACGCGAACUUCGUUCAGACGCCAGUUCUCUAGCGGAAGAGAAGCGCAAAGGAAGAUCCAGACCAGGAAGCAUCCUCGAAGAAACAGGCGACGGACUAGGAUUCUUCUCUUUUCCCGGCGCGGAAGACGGCGAAGACAUCAAAUCCGAAUUCAAAUCACGAUAUGCAGAAAUCGAACUCCGUUUAACCGACUCAGAAAAAUUAGAUAUCGUAGCAGAAGCCAUCCACAUCUUCACAUUUAUGCUCGGCAUCAUCGAAGAUCUAGAUACCAUCGUCGGAACCACCGACCAAGCCAUGGAAUCCGCGAAGGCGUAUCACAAGGCCUCGAAAUUAGGCGCCGUGAGUAGUCGCGUAGAGCAGGAGACUAAAGAAGGGAAAAGUCAUGGGAAACUAGACGUCCUGCUCAGACUUCUGCACGUCAAAGAAGCUUUGCCAUCACUUGACCUGUCAAAUGGUCCGACGACACCUAGUCUUCCCCUUGGCACUCCUUCGACAACAUCUGACACCGAUCCCCUGAUGGUCGAGACCGCGAAUAUGUUCUGGCUGAAAGGCGCUGCGAUGGCUGUUCCGACGUUGGGUUGUUUAGUGCUUGUUUUAGCGUGGCAGAUGAGUUCGUGA